GCCACGCGCGCGCCCCGGGCCGCCUCGAGCCCCGCCCCUCCGGCUCCUUGACCCCGCCCCCGUCCUGUCGAUGGCCCCGCCCCCCGGGCUCGCGCGCGCCGCGCCGUGCUCCCCCCCGCCCCGGGGGACGGUGACGGCGGCGGCGGGAGGAGGAGGCAGCGGCAGAGCCCGGGCGCGCCAGGAGGCGGCGGGGAGUCAGCGAGGAGCGCCGAGCAAGAACGGGCGGGCUCCGCCCCGCCCCUUGCCGAGCCCCCCGCCCCCUGCCCUUCCUCCCUCCUCUCCUCCCCUCCUCCGCCUCCUCCUCCCCGCACGCGCCGGGCGGAGGGAGAGGCUGCGAGGGAGCCCCGGGUACAACAUGGCGGAGCACUCGGCCCCCGACCACAAGCACAGACCCGCCGCCAACUCCGCGGCGCCGCUCCACAGCCGCGCCGGGGCGGCCGGCGGCCUGUCGGGGGGCCUAUCGCAGCCGGCGGGCUGGCAGUCCCUGCUCUCCUUCACCAUUCUCUUCCUGGCCUGGCUGGCUGGAUUCAGCUCCCGGCUCUUCGCCGUCAUCCGCUUCGAGAGCAUCAUCCACGAGUUCGACCCCUGGUUUAACUAUAGAUCAACACAUCAUCUUGCAUCUCAUGGGUUUUAUGAAUUUUUAAAUUGGUUUGAUGAAAGAGCAUGGUAUCCACUAGGAAGAAUAGUAGGUGGAACUGUAUACCCAGGACUGAUGGUGACAGCAGGCCUUAUACAUUGGAUUUUAAAUAUGCUUAAUGUGACAGUCCAUAUAAGAGAUGUAUGUGUGUUUCUAGCACCAGUCUUUAGCGGCCUUACAGCUAUUUCUACUUUCCUGCUCACCAGAGAACUGUGGAACCAGGGAGCAGGGCUUUUAGCUGCCUGUUUUAUCGCCAUAGUUCCAGGUUACAUAUCCCGAUCGGUAGCAGGAUCGUUUGACAAUGAAGGCAUAGCUAUUUUUGCACUGCAGUUCACAUACUAUUUAUGGGUGAAGUCUGUGAAAACUGGGUCAGUCUUUUGGACAAUCUGCUGCUGUCUAUCCUACUUCUACAUGGUCUCUGCGUGGGGUGGUUAUGUGUUCAUCAUCAACCUCAUUCCACUGCAUGUGUUUGUUCUGUUGCUGAUGCAGAGAUACAGCAGGAGAGUCUACAUUGCAUAUAGCACUUUCUACGUUGUGGGGUUAAUAUUAUCAAUGCAGAUACCUUUUGUGGGAUUCCAGCCAAUUAGAACAAGUGAACACAUGGCAGCUGCAGGUGUUUUUGCACUGCUGCAGGCUUAUGCAUUUUUGCAGUAUCUGAGAGACAGAUUAACAAAGCAAGAAUUUCAGACAUUGUUUUUCUUGGGCGUCUCACUAGCUGCUGGUACUGUAUUCCUGAGUGUCAUCUAUUUGACAUACACAGGUUAUAUUGCUCCUUGGAGUGGCAGAUUUUAUUCAUUGUGGGACACUGGGUAUGCGAAAAUUCACAUCCCGAUCAUUGCCUCUGUGUCUGAGCAUCAGCCUACAACAUGGGUUUCCUUCUUUUUUGAUCUGCAUAUUCUCGUGUGUACUUUCCCAGCAGGGCUGUGGUUCUGUAUCAAAAACAUCAAUGAUGAAAGAGUCUUUGUUGCUCUGUAUGCAAUCAGCGCUGUUUACUUUGCUGGAGUGAUGGUCCGCCUGAUGCUCACUUUGACUCCAGUGGUCUGUAUGCUGUCAGCAAUUGCUUUCUCCAAUGUCUUUGAGCGUUAUUUGGGUGAUGAUAUGAAGAGGGAAAAUCCACCAAUAGAAGACAGCAGUGAUGAGGAUGACAAAAGGAACCCUGGCAACUUGUAUGAUAAGGCAGGCAAAGUGAGGAAACAUGUGUCUGAGCAGGAAAAAACAGAAGAAGGACUAGGUCCCAAUAUCAAAAACAUUGUGACUAUGCUGAUGCUGAUGUUGUUGAUGAUGUUUGCUGUUCACUGUACCUGGGUAACCAGCAAUGCAUACUCCAGCCCCAGUGUGGUUCUCGCCUCCUAUAACCAUGAUGGCACUCGGAAUAUCCUGGAUGACUUCAGAGAAGCCUAUUACUGGCUCAGACAGAACACGGACGAGCACGCCAGAGUGAUGUCCUGGUGGGACUAUGGGUACCAGAUAGCAGGAAUGGCCAACAGGACAACCCUGGUUGAUAACAACACUUGGAACAACAGCCACAUUGCCUUGGUGGGAAAGGCAAUGUCAUCAAAUGAGUCUGCAGCCUAUGAGAUCAUGAGAAGCCUGGAUGUGGAUUAUGUUUUGAUUAUUUUUGGUGGUGUGAUUGGCUACUCUGGUGAUGAUAUUAAUAAGUUCUUGUGGAUGGUGAGAAUAGCAGAGGGGGAACAUCCCAAAGAUAUACGGGAAAGUGAUUACUUUACCCCUCAGGGAGAAUUCCGGGUAGACAAGGCAGGCUCUCCAACUUUGCUGAACUGCCUCAUGUAUAAAAUGUCCUAUUACAGAUUUGGAGAGAUGCAGCUGGAUUUUCGGACACCCCCAGGAUUUGACCGUACACGCAAUGCGGAGAUAGGCAACAAAGACAUUAAAUUUAAACAUCUGGAGGAAGCCUUUACCUCAGAGCACUGGCUUGUUAGAAUAUACAAGGUCAAGCAACUAGACAACAGAGAGACACUGGAUCAUAAACCUAGAGUAACCAACAUCGUACCGAAACAGAAGUAUUUGUCAAAGAAGACCUCCAAAAGGAAGCGUGGCUACAUUAAGAAUAAACUAAUUUUAAAGAAAGGCAAGAGACCCAACAGGAAGACAGUUUAAACACACUGUUCUGAUUGCUAAUACGAAGCAGUUGUCCUUGAGAUAACCAGUCUUUGCCUUUAGCUCAAAUCAUGUUUCACAGCAACAUGAGGGUACAGAACCAUCAUUGGUCCAGAUUAUUGUACAAAAUUUUCAGGCAAUGUCUGAUUAAAAAUAUUGGCUUAUUGAGAACAGCUGUUUUAGAUUUGUAAUGUGAAGCAAGACAGAGCUGCUAUCCAAGUCUAGCAGCAUUUUUUUUAUUGGUACAUAUUAUCCUUCAAAUCUGUUGAAAAUUUGGACUGACUUUACCAAAGAACCCUGUAAUUUGGUCCUUGGCACAUGCAUUACUUGUCAAUCUUUUCUGGAGAACACUGUUCAGCUGAAUAGCAGUAGUAUGAAAACUGGACUGAGUCAUCUGAAAAUGACUCUUUUUCAACAAGAAAGAGAUGGCAGAGCUCUCUCAAAUUCAACUUUCAAAACAAGUUACUCCCAUGAUUAUUUUUCAAUGGUUUCUUUCAAUGUCCUUUUACUCUUGCUGCAGGCUGGUUUUGAGCUGGAGAGUAAGAAGCAAAGCUGCAGUUUUCACAAGAGGUGACAGGACAGAUUAAUUGGACAAGCUGCUUUUGUUCAACACAGGAUUGCAGUACUGCUGCCUUACACUGUCAUUUCACAAGGUAGACAAGGCAAAUCUUGCACACUGUAGAUACAAGGGCUAAAUUUGUAACCUCCUGAAAGAUCUGAAACGACAGUAAUGAAUGCUAUAACAACAUACAACUGAGCAUCAUGGAGCUGCUGGUGCUUCAGAACAGAAUUAAACUAUUUUAGGUGAAUGUUUACAUUGGUAAAACAAGUAUAGCCUGGUUACUGGGCAAAAGAAGGUUGACAGGUAUACAAAACCCCUUUUCUGUGGCUAUCAGAGGUAGAAGAUUUGCAAACCUCUUCAGCCCUCACUGCCUUUCUGGCAAGGGUGGAAGUUUUUCUGGAAAUCUGUUUCUCUGCAUUUUAUUUGGAGUGCUUAAAUCAAUUGAAGAAAUUCCUGCUCUAGUGCUAUUUGCUUUGUCUGUCUUUUAUACUGGUUUGGUUUGGGUUUUUUUUAAGUGGUGAAAACUGUCAGAUUAAAUGCACUAAAAUAUAAAUGGAGACUGAACGUGUUCACUUUCCAGCUAUAAAGAAACUUUAUACAGACUUGAAAUUUUUCUUUAAUUAAAAUGAAAGGGUUUUUUUGCAGUUUGUUUUCCUGCCACAGGUUGUAACUUUUUAUAGAAACAAAUCUUGCAUCAAUAACUUGAUGUAAAAUGCAGAAUAGUAUGUACCUUUCAUGAAGAAAAUGUAAAUUUACAGUGUUCUGUGAGAAUGUUACUGCUGACUUCUUUCCCAAGGUGUAGAAUAUUUUUUUGAUUUAUGAACUCAUUUUUGACUCCAGUGGUUUAUACAGACCAAUACUACAGCUGCAACAUUUUCACAAAGGUAAUUAAAUCUGGAUUCCUGGCCCCUGUCGUUUGGAGAUUUCAUUUUAUUUUGUUGCUUUAAAGCUCAAUGCAGACCAGUUGUCAACUGUAGGGGAAAAUAAAGUUAAUUCAAGUUUUGUGUUAA